AUGGCAGCUCUUGAUCUCUCUCCCACAUGUGUUAUAUCCAUCCAGGAACCUGCCCAUAUCCAGGAGUCAGAAAUUCCUCUUCCUUCAAAAGACCAUUCCUGUCACCAGAAUGUGGAUCUGUUUGCCUGUAAUGGCCUGGAGUCUCAUAUAUCAACUAAUGUUUCCCAGGACUCGGUGACUUUCCAGGAUGUUGCAGUGGACUUCACUGAGAAGGAGUGGCCCUUGUUGGAUUCUUCUCAGAGAAAACUAUACAAAGACGUGAUGCUGGAGAACUAUAGCAACCUUGCCUCCGUGGGGUGUCAGGUGGGAAAACCCAGCCUCAUCUUCCACUUGGAGCAAGAAGAGGAGCUGAGAACAGAGGAGAGGGGACUUCCCCAAGGUACAUGUCCCGGUUGGGAGAUUCCUUCUAAAACCAAGUGGUCUAUUCUUAUGGAAAAUAUUUUUGGAAAUGAAACACCUAGUGAUGUGACAGUGGAAAGAACUCAUCUUGGAGAGAAAUCCACUGAAUAUGCUCAUCUGUUUGAAGUUUUCAGUAUGGGUGCUCAUCUUACUCAGCAAAUGGGAACUGGUAAGAGGCCCUAUCACCGACGAGACUAUGGGGUGGUUUUCAAUAACAGGCCACAUGUAACUCAACAUGUGAGCAUUUACCAUGGGAGAAAAAUGCAUGAAUGCCAUCAGUGUCAAAAAGUCUUCACCACAAGUGCUUCUCUUACACGGCACAGGAGAAUACACACUGGGGAGAAACCCUAUGAAUGCAAUGUCUGUGGGAAAGCUUUUAAUGAUCCCUCAGCCCUUAGGAGUCACGCAAGAACUCACCUCACAGAGAAGCCCUUUGAUUGCAGUCAAUGUGGAAAUGCAUUCCGAACUCUCUCCUCCCUAAAGAUACACAUGAGAGUUCACACUGGGGAGAGACCUUACAAGUGUGAUGAAUGUGGGAAGUCAUAUGGCAGGAGCUGCCACCUCAUUGCACACAAAAGAACACACACUGGAGAGAGACCCUAUGAAUGUCAAGACUGUGGGAAAGCUUUCCAGCAUCCGUCACAUCUCAAAGAACAUGUCAGGAAUCACACUGGAGAGAAACCCUAUGAAUGCACACAGUGUGGAAAAGCCUUUCGAUGGAAAUCUAACUUUAAUUUGCACAAGAAGAACCACAUGGUAGAGAAAACAUAUGAAUGUAAAGAAUGCGGGAAAUCCUUUGGUGAUCUCUUAUCACGGAGAAAACACAUGCGAAUUCAUAUUGUAAAGAAACCUGUUGAAUGUAGACAGUGUGGGAAGACAUUCAGAAACCAGUCCAUCCUUAAGACACACAUGAAUUCUCACACUGGAGAGAAACCAUACGGGUGUGAUCUAUGUGGGAAAGCCUUCAGCGCCAGCUCAAACCUAACAGCACACAGGAAAAUACACACCCAAGAGAGACGCUAUGAAUGUGCUGCCUGUGGGAAAGUCUUUGGUGAUUAUUUGUCCCGGAGAAGGCACAUGAGCAUUCAUCUUGUAAAGAAAUAUGUUGAAUGUAGACAGUGUGGGAAAGCCUUCAGAAACCAGUCAACUCUUAAGACACACAUGAGAAGUCACACAGGAGAGAAGCCGUAUGAGUGUGAUCACUGUGGAAAAGCCUUCAGCAUAGGCUCAAACCUUAAUGUUCACAGGAGAAUACACACUGGGGAGAAGCCCUAUGAAUGCUUGGCUUGUGGGAAAACCUUCAGUGAUCAUUCAUCUCUUCGGAGUCAUGUUAAAACUCACCAGGGAGAAAAACUCAGAGUGUCAUCAGUGUGGAAGAGGCUCCAGUGA